AUGGCCGAUCGUGCACGAAAAUUCUCGUUUCGCUACUUAGUGGACAAGAAAUUUAAUUCCAUCGAUGACAAAGAAAAGCAAGAGUGGCUUCUUAAAUGGUCUAUGAAAGAUCGUAUCAAGGCUCAGAUGUUCACAUUUGACCAGCCUUUCCAGCCAUACGAAAAAGACAAUUUUGGGCUUGACUUUAUGACAGACCCUGAAGUUGUCAGCUCAUUACAAAUGUUGUCUUCUCAAGACCGAUGGACUCCUGUUGGCAUUGUAGCGAAGUCGGUCACUGUUGAACCAGUAGCUUGCUUUGCACUGUCGAUGGCGUUCUUUGACAGAUUGUAUGAGAAUCAGAUUGUCCGAGAGUCAGGACACAUCCACAAGUGUUUAGACGAAUUCUAUGAAGAUUUCACAAUAUCUGAUGAACUUAGAAAGCUUCUCAUACAGGAAGACUGUGACAACUUCUGCCUCUUCAAUGAAUCGGAAAGAAACGAGUUCCUCUUUCUGUUGUUCAAGCAUUUCUGUCUGGGAGGUAAAGUCUGUCAGUACGAGGAUUCGAUCGAUCCAUAUCUCGACUUCACCAAACAAGUCUACAAGGAGCUCAUUUCUGUUCAGAAAAAUCCAGAGACGAAGGAACUGGGCAUUUUAUCCAAUGUUUUCAAACUGACUGCUUCAGGUGACAGUGGAGUGUACUACCCAUCGAGCGUGGCUCAUGAACAAACUUUCUCCUAUCUCAUUGUGGACGCACUCAAGAGACACAUCACCAUGUUAUAUCACAGAUUCGGAAGUAGUGGAUUUUCAUAGUACAAAUCAGAACAGCUGUCUGUGUCACAAAAUUCUGUAAAAAAUCCCCUCUUGAAGAUUAUUCUAUACAAAAGCAAAACGGCAGCCACUGAAAGUUUUGCCUGUGUUUUUGUCCCCCAGGAGAUGUCAGUGAUGUCGAUAUGAAUAACAUAAUUGCAAUCUAGUAUGUGGAAUCUGUGUCACUGUAAUGCUUUUUUCAUGGUUUAUGUCUGGACAAAAUUUGUGCAUAAUUUAAAUGUGGUUAAUUAAAGACAGGAGACUGGCCAGGGCUAGCUUUGGGUGAGCAAAACAAUUCACCAAAUUGUCUAUUAAACUUCAAAAAUUGCAGAAAUUGUCAGUUAUUUUCUACAAAAAUGUCAAUUAUUACACGUAAUUAUUUUUCCAAACUAAAAUAUAUUUCGCCAACUGCUUUUAAAAUUUGCAAUUGGCGAAUUUGGCGAGUGCCAGACCUAGCUCUACUGGCAUAUGUGGGAUUUCAAUGGUCGAGACCCUCCCCUGCUCAAGUAAAUUUUCUUCUUUUAUUUCAAUAUAUUUUCUAGAGGAGCACGACUUGACCCCCUCUAUAAACUUCACCCGCUACAGUCUACACCCAGCCCAUGCAUAUAUACCUGUGCAAAUUUAUGUUGUUUUCAAUAUAUUUAGGGACAUUUCACAGUUGAACUCGAGGGAUAGUUUAUGCCUCUCACAUCUGAGGAUGAAAAUGUACAUUUUGUUCUACUCAAUAUAGAUUCAAAAUAUGGCUUGUACCCCCUCCCUGCCCCCUCACACUUUGGAGACUUGUCCUCCCAUUCCAGAUAUCCAGGUAGGGCCUGCACAGAAAAGAUGCGGCAGAUCCACUAAGUCUAAAAUACUGAUUACAAUGUCUGUCAGCCACACACCCCUCAAUGUAUUUGGGGGUGAGGGAGCAUGACUCUACCCCCAUAUAAACAUAGGUCACCAGUCUUGACCUCCCCCCUUGCUAAAAUUCCUGCAGAUGUCAUUAAAAUACACAGUAGAUUAAUCUACUCAUACAUAUGGGUAAUAAAACUUUUGCAAAAAUACAAACAAAAAAUAAGGUUUAAAAUAUUAUAUAUUGAUAAAUAUAGUUGGGAUUUUCAUUUUCUUAACCCAUCUAUUUCAAUUUUUCUUUUUUACGUGGAAGAGCACAUUAUUUUUUAAAAACCAUAUUUAUUCAAAUAAAUGAUGUGGAUUGGCAAAUAGGCGAUAUGCCUAUACAUGUACAAUUUAAUAAAUGCCUCUUCACAAAUAAAUUGUUACAUAAAAAAUUAGAUCUGCUAAGAUGUUAUAAAUAUUAUUUGUAUUUAUUUUUUGGUAAUAAAAAUGAUGAAUUA